GAAGCUUGUAAAAACGUGUGUUUUCAUAUUCACUUCCAGAGAAGAAUAUAGAUUUGCAAUCACUUUCUGCACGCUAUCAAUUUUCGAUACAAGAUUUUGAUAAUGGAAUUGAAGCCGUGAUAUGAUUACCAGAGACUGUAACCAUGGAAAAUACACAAAAUAUUGCUCUAACACCAGUUACCAACCCUUCACCUGGACAGGUGACAAAUUAUAAUGUUAAACCAUAUCAUAUGCAGCCGGUCCAGACUAGCGGUGGGCGUGACCUGGCUUCUGAUUUAGUAUGGCAGCGUGACCCAGACUGUUCUAGGGAUCCUAAUGUUGGUAACCAUGGUAAUCCAAUGAUGGUUUCACAAGGGGUACAUAUUCCAGGAAACCAGACACAAAUGAUGCCAGUCAAUCAACCACAUGGUGUUCAUCAGAUGCAGGGAGUAACAAUGAAUCAGCAACAAACAGUUCCAGUAAACCAUUCGCCAUCAGGGUACCCUGUUCCUAAUGUUUCCAAUGCUCUACCUCAUAAUCCUGCAGGUUACCAGUAUCAGGGGCAGACAACUUCUGUCCCGACUGCCUCUGGCGACCAUGCUCACGUUAGUAUGGCUCCGACGUUUCAGAUGCCACAAGGAAAUGUUUAUCCUGGGAUGAGACCACAAGGUGUAGUUAACUAUUUGCCUGUCACAAGUCAUCAACAACUCAUGAUGGAUACUGACGGAAAUAGAAUUCAACAAAAUACCAUGAUGCAACAGAACAUGGGAUUGACAGGAUUUCAGAUGCCUCAAAAUAUGGUUCCUGUACAAUACAAUCCAAAUUUUGUACAGGGAGGUAAUAUGAAUGGCAACGCACAGUAUAUGAAUAUGCGUCCACCUACAACAACAGUUCAGCAUCAACCUCAGCAUCAACCCCAACAAGCUAAUUACAAUUAUCCACGUCUUGUACCAUAUAAUCAGCAAUUAAUGAACGCUCCAAGAACACAAUAUAACAACCCUAGACCUCCAGUGGUUCAAAAGCCUACUUUGAAUAUAAUGGCAGCCAACCAAGUAGCUCAAAAACCAACAAAUCUUAAUAUAUCAUCUGGUACUCAAGUUUCUUCACCAGACAUGGGCUAUCCAACUGUCCAAUCACCAACUGUCGCUUCACCAGGGACAGAAAGUGUUAAAUCACCAACAUAUGUUUUUAUGUGUAAUAAAUGUAACUAUGUGACACCACACCGCAGCUCAUUUAAAACUCACUACAGUAGUCAUAUACAAUAUAAACCUUAUCAAUGUGCCUACUGCGAUCACGCUACCAUUAUGAAACAGCCAAUGCAAAAACAUGUUAAAAUGAAACAUGCUAUAGAGGACUCCGAGGGAUUCAUAUAUGAAAGUGAUUCAAAAAAAGAAAAUAUCAUAGAAUUCUUCAGCAAUCAAUGUAGGUCAACUAUGAAUUUGGAAGAAGCUAAAAAAUACCUGGAUAAAUAUGAAUCUGGUGAAAAACUGAAGAGUGGUCCAGCAAAGCGUAAAUUGUCUAUGGACGAAAGAGAUAAGGAUUCUUCAAAGAGAAAAAGGUCUUGGCCAGAAGUUGGGGAUGAUAGUAAUCAAAGCGAUGCUUCAUUAGGUCCAUCAAGAUCGUCACUUAGUCCAAGAAAACUGACACAUUGGAAGCAAGGUGUAACAUUUGAACAUCACAAUCAGGAAACAAAAACAAAAGUAGGUCGUGGUCGAUCCAAAACUUUUUCCGGUUUUGCAAAACAGAAAAAAUUCAUUACUUCAAGUGUUAUGAAAUGUCCAUUUUGUGAAUUCAAAUCUGGAUCACAGAAAGGUUUGAAAAGGCAUUGUAAUUGGCGGCAUCUAGAGAAAAGAUAUAGAUGUAACAAUUGUAUCUUUUCUACCUUCUUUCUAGAGGAGAUGGAAGUACAUAUCCAAAGUGAUCAUUGUGAAAGUUACCAGUUACAUAGCAAUGAAAGAAGUAAAUCUCCCGAAAAAACUGUUGGGAGACCAAGAAAGAAUGUAUCCAGUGCAGAAGAGACUACCCCUAAAACAGUUACCAUUGACAGGUUUUCUGAAGAAAAUGCAGAUGAAAGUGGUAACGAUGACAUGCAGUUGAAUUGUCCACACUGCAAUUUUUCUUCAAAUCCAUUUGCCCUGAAGAGACACUUGUUCUUCUAUCACAAAGAGUGUGAUUGGAAAUGUAAGAUUUGUGGAUUUAUUUCUGACAGUAAAAAAGAACUUGUACGACAUUCCAAUAAGGCACAUCCAAAUACUCAACCAAACAUUGUUCAAACAUUUGCCGAUAUUUCUUCUCUGUUACCAGACAAUGCUUCAGAGCAAGAGAAGGGAACUCCCCCUGAUAAAGAUAUUGACGAAAAUGAAAAGGUAGUGAGUAAACAUAAAUUAAUUGACAGGGAUUAUAUCAAAACAGGCAAGAAACGACUGGUGUUAGGGAAAAAACGAGUUUCUAAGAUAAUGAAUGAUUCCAGUGGCGAUGACAAAAUACAAAUUAUGAAAAUGUUGAAUGAAAGAAAGGGACAGAAACGUGGUAGAAAAAGAGAGGAAAAAAAGAGUGAUCAGAACUCGUAUGUUGUGCGUCCAAAGAAACUAAAGAUUGCCAGAAUAGGAUUUAGUUGUGUAUACUGUACCUAUGCUGCCCCUCUCAGGCAUCAGUUACGAUUGCAUUGUUACGAAAAACAUACUAAACAUCCAGCGUGUUUGAUGGAGUUUAUAAAUAGUACAAUGGCGUUGGAAGAACAGGAAGAUUAUGCUCGAGAUAAGACAGAAGAGAAAAAGAGUCUGGAGAAGACGGGUAGCACUUUGGAGAUGAAUGUGGAAAUAAAUGUCUCAGGAGAUAUGGUAGAAAAUUCCAGUGGUAAGAAGCAGGAAGAUUUCGAAGAAAGAUCUUUUCAAGAGGGUGAACAAGAUUCCAUUGAGAAAUUGGAAGGAAAGAAAAUCCAAUUGAUGGCAGUUGCAGAAACAGUUGAAGAGAAGAAAAACAAAUUAGAAGAAUCUGUUAUUGAAAUCAGCUCUUCAGAUGAAACAAAAUUAAAUAUCACAGUAGAAGAUUCUGAUUGUGGAGAGAAGGAAAAGACUGAAGGAGAAACAACAAAAGACCUCAAAGACAAGAGUAAAAAUGAAAUAGAAGAUCUUCCAGAAAACCCAAAUACAAGAACAGAUACCUUGAUAUCAAAAGUAGAUGAAGACCAAAACAAAGAAGUUUUGACUUGCAUGGAGAACAUACUUGCCAAUAUUGGGAAUGCAGAAAAUACUACAACAAAUAAUGGUGCUAAUGACUACAUUUUACACACUGAUAAGUUUAAUGGUCACAAAUUUUCAAAUCCAUUUUCUACGCUUAUUGUACAACUUAAUUCCACCCAGUUAUUAGUUAAAGAUGCCUUUGAAGGCACACUUGAUGAUGUAGAUAUAUAUUUAGAAAAAUAUGGAGUUCGUACUCUUAACAUGGAUUCUCUUACUCCUAGACAGUUCUCAUUGUUCAUGAAAAAGUUCGGAAGUAAUUUACAGCAAAUUGCAGCAUGAUUAUCUCCUAAACAUGUAUCUUGACUAUAUUGCUGGUAAGGUUUCUACUUUUUGUUUUUUAUGUACUAUAUGUAUAGUUAUUGAAAGUUGUGGGCAUUUUUGUUUUUAGACUUUGUCAUACAAUUUUUAAUGUUGUCUACAGAAGAAUUCAGAAAAAAAUCAAAGCAAAAGACUUUUAAUUCCUGUUAUUUAAAUCAAUAAUAGUUCAAGGUUUUGUCAUAAAAAAUGCCUGUAAACCAUUAAUAAACAAAUCUAGAUUUUUGUUAUGAAAAUGUAAAAGUACAGUUCUUCCUUUAUUGGUAAUUCACAGGAAAAUAAUGUUAAUUAGUGGGCCUGCCAACCCUCUGUAUGUGUCCUAGACACUAUUCACCCAGUCUUCUUUCUUUUGUCCGUCCUUCUAUCAGCACCUUCUGUGUUUUUCAAUAAUUAAAUUUGUUCUUAUUUUCAUAACUCUUAAUGUUCUGAAAUAAAGUUUGCUAUCAUGUUUGACCAUUUCGGAUUUGUUGUACCAUAGUUACAUGUACAUGUAGGUACAGAGUUAGUAUCAGAAUUUCUGAAAAGGUCUGUCAUUCUCUUCAUAAAUCAAAUUAGCGUUUAUGGAUUUUCAUAAUUUUUAUACAGUUUUGAGAUUGGGGAUUUGAUGCUCCUAUUUAUUAUUAAGAGUUUUAGGUUCAUCUUUAAGCAAUAGGAUUCUUAAUUGUCAAAAUUAUGAGGGUUUAUUCAUUCUUUCGUAUACAUAUAGAUGGCUUUUUAUGCAAAAUGUAAAUUGUGUCUUUAUGUUUCUUUUUUUGUUUAUAUUCUUUUCCGCCUCAUUAGGAUCCUAGUUUUCUCUUGUUGAAUUUUCCAUACAUGUCUAUUCUAUAAUUUCCUUACACAUUCUUCAUACUCACCUUACACUUGCUUUAAACUGUGUUUUUAUCACAAGGUUUUUAUGGGGUUUUGGUAGUGCUGAUUUAUUAAUGGUUAAGGUGUGAUGGUAUUAUUUUGUAAUUUUAUAACACAUGGUUGUUAUCAAAAACAGCAAAGGUUAACAAAACUGAGUGUACAAAACAAGUAGCAGACAGUUAAUAGUAUAUUCUUUGUUAUCUUCUAGUUUUUACAGUGUGAGCCUCUCUUUACAGAAGUCUAUCAAGGAACAUCUAGUGUGCAUUCUGUUGUUUUUUAUGUACACCGAUUAAAGUCAUGAUAAACUAGCAAAUGGCCACACCAAUGCAAGAUCUGCAGGUUUGUGUAACUAUUUUCAGUUUCCAAACAAACAUUUUGCUGCGAAAUAUUUCCUUCUCACCAAACAUAACUUUUUAGGUAUAAUUUGAGAUACAUGAUGCAUUGUAGAUUUAUUUCCAAAACCAAUUUUCAUAUUAAAUUAUCAAGGUAUUGUGUUUUUGUUAAGUGCUGAAAAAUCUUAAAGAUUUAUUAGGCUUUAAGAUUGGUUCUUGUUGCUAUAUAAGCAGAAAGUUUUGGAUGAAUUACUUUGUAAUUAUGGCAACAAUCAGUGAAUUGAUUAUCUUCUUUUUAAAAUGUUUAUAUUCAGCUGAACAACACAAAAAUAUUGUAAAAUUUUGAAAAUAGGAAAUUCUUUAAGGCAUGCAAACUAUGCAGCCUCUGAUUGUCAUAACUAAAACUGUCCUAAAUGUACAAUAUCAACAUGAAUUUAAGGCAUAUUCAUACAUGCUUGAUACUGUUUACAAAGUUAAGUUUACUCAAUACAACUGAAGUUUUAAAUUUUUGUACUAACAUCCUGUACCACAUCCAAUGGUCACAAAUGGGAUAAAUACCUAAUACCUAAAAGAAAUUGAUCACAAAUCAUUUAAUUAAACAGAUUCUCUAGUUGUAUAAUUUAAUAUAAAUUAUCUCCCUUAUUGUCAGUUAUGUUAUACUGAAAUUAUCUCCCUUAUUGUCAGUAAUUGUAAUAUCUGAGUUAUCUCCGUUAUUGUAUUAGUUGGUUUAUCUUCCUUAUUGUCAGUAAUUGUAAUAUCUGAGUUAUCUCCGUUAUUGUCAGUUAUUGUAUUAGUUGGUUUAUCUUCCUUAUUGUCAGUAAUUUUAAUAUCUGAGUUAUCUCCAUUAUUGUCAGUUAUUGUAUUAGUUGGUUUAUCUCCCUUAUUGUCAGUUAUUGUAGUAGUUGAUUUAUCUCCCCUAUUAAUUCAUAACAUGGUUUGUUAAAUUUUUAUUAAUAUAUAUUUCUCAUCUUGCAAAUUUUACUGUUGUCAUUAUUAAAAAGUAAAAUAACAAAAAUACUGAACUCCGAGGAAAAUUCAAAAAGGAAAGUCCCCAAUCAAAUGGCAAAAUCAAAAGUUCAAACACAUCAAACGAAUGGAUAACAACUGUCAUGACUUAAAUGACUUAAGAUAUAUUAAAAUCCCAUCAUACAAACAAGAACUGUUCCCAAAAUUUACAUGCAAGUAAUAAAUGAAAACAAAAUGAUGUUAAUACAAAUUAUUUGAAAAAAAAUAUCAAUGACAGUGUGGUUAAGCAAAAGGGAUAUGAUUAAAACUUAUCUUUCAAAUACCUCAUCUUGUUUUACAAGUUUUGUCACAAAAUUAAUACAAUCGUUGAUUCCUCUUAAUAGUUUUUUCAUAGUGUCAUCCAUAAUAACAUAUAAAGCAUAAUAUGAUAAUAUGAUAACAUACAUUCAAUUUUCCUCAAAUUUGAAUGAUUUUGGGUCAACCCUAUGACACAAAUAGUUAGUACCUUUCUUUGUCGGCUAUAAAAGCACAAAACUGUAGAUGUAUUUAGUAAUUUUUGUACCUUGUCAUUAUGUGUUUUUGUGGAAAUGUAGAAGAAAUACAAAGCGCAAACUGAUUAAUAACAAUUAUGAAAGUUUUUGUAUUAUUUGAACAUUGUACUAAAGACAUUAAAAAAAAAGAAAAUCAAUGAAAAUGGGACAUAAUGAAUUUUGAAGGUGUAUAUUUUCAUUUAUUUGUCUCAAAAAUGAAUUGUUAAAAAGGAAAAAAUGUCCAUGUGAUUUUUUAAUUCCAUUUUUAUUAGAAACUGGAUUAAUAAAUUUUGCUAAGUACCAAUUUUUGUGGAUUGAGGAAAAAAUAUACUGUUAACUAUACUUGUUCUUUGCAGUUUACAUUACAUUCUGCAUUAAAAGUCUAUAGUAAAAUUGCAUUUUGUUGAACACUAAAAUGUAUGCUUAAACUCUACCCACAAAAAUAAGUACCCCAUGAAUAUUAAUAAUCCCCAGUACAUAUGACAGACCUGUUUGUAUAGUGCUACAUAGAUUUAUAUGAACUAUAUUCCAUUGUUUAUCUUAUAGAGUUCUUUAUAUUUUGUUGUACAGAUUUUGUUUGUUUACUAAUGUUGAUUUCUGUCGUGAUUUUAUUUUGUUGAAUCAUGUUAUAUAAGGUUAAAAUGUUUUCCUAAUGUUUUGUUUUUCAUUGACAAGCUUGAUAUUAAUUUAAGCAGAUGUUUAAAUUUCGAAUGUAUUUAAUACGUUGCAAUUAUUAUUCAAAAGUAGCCGAUUUUCAUCUCAUGUUUUUAUUAGUAAGAACGAAAUUUUACAAGCCUCUGAUUAAUUUAUCGUACAAAUUUUGAUCCAUAGUUACUGUCACAAUUUGCACAGUCCAUCUUCUUGUCAAUCUGACAAGUUAAGAUAUUGUCUGAAAUACUUGAAAUUUAAGAUUUGUAAGGUUAAUGAUAACUGAAAUCUUAAUUUCCCCAGAAUUGAUAAUCCAAUAAGAAGUGAUUAAAUCAAAAGCAUCACACUUUAGUACAUCAAGAAAUGAAAUGUUCUACUACAGUUUUUGACUUUUGAGAGAUUUGUGCAUUCAUUGUGCAAGUUCUUUUGUUAACCCUUUAUAGGCCAAUUAAGUUUGAAUAUAUGGAUUUAUGAAAGAAAACCAAUCUUACAUUUAUAAAAAAAACUCUAGAUAAGGGCAUAUUUUUAGGUGAGAGAUUUAUUAACUUUUGCACACUGUGCUUCAUUGUGUGAUAUCAGUAUUCCCUAGAAACUUCAUUAUCAUUGGGAUAUUUUUGUGUUAAAAUGAACAGAAAGAAUGGGGAUAUUUAUAGUGUUCAUCAGCUCAAGUUGAUAUCAAGCUCAUUACUUAAAAAUGGCAUGUUUCUCAUUACUGUGAGAAAAUAUUUAGACUAUAAAUUUUUAUAUGUUAAUGUUCUGAAAAUUAUUAUGGUCACACAUUUAUCCGAUUUUUAGAAAGAUCAUGUUUUUUUUUAAAUUCUUGUGAAUGGUUAUUAUAAUUUGUAAGUAUAUGUUUUGAAAAAUGUACAAUAGAAAUAAAACAAAUGAGGAAAAACAGACCUAUUGUAUGUAUUACACUUGUCAGAACCUAAAAAAUGAAGAGACGUUUUUGGCAGAAAAUAAAAUAAGAAAAUUUUUGGCAACAGGAACUUAUAAAAAACUUUUUUUUAUGCUAAAAAUGCUUGAGGGAAGUAAGUUGUAUAUAAGAGGAAAAUGAAUUAAUAGUGUAAACUAUUUUAUAGGCACUUUAGAACAGGCCAUCUUUGCGGGACAUGAUGAUUUUACUUGGAACAGUUCUGAAAAAAUGUAUUUACAAUUUGCUUUUAAUCCAGCAACAAAUUAACCAAAUGUUGAAAAAGUUUAUAUAUAAAGUUAUUCUAGAAGGAUCAGUGCUAUCACAUUCUACUUAUUCCAACUAUUAAAACGAUGAUGAAAAGUUCUGGAAUAAGUUUCCAGUUACUCCACUAAAUGUAUGGGUAGGAGAAUUACUGUCAAUCCACUGGAUGUAUGGGUAGCAGAAACAAUACUGUUAAUCCUUGUUCAUAUGUUCUAAAUAGAUGUUAAUUGUGUCAUUCUUUUGUUGUAGCUUUGUGAGCAUCAAAAAGGGGUUUUUGUAAGUUGUGAUGUUAUAUAUGUCUACAAAUGGUAAUAAAACUAUGCAUAUUCAAAA